AUGGGUCUGGAAACGCAAGUAGUAACAUUGCUUGGUCAUGGAAUCGAGCAUAAACUGCGAAUAAGCGAUCGCGACAUUAAUUUCCCACCCACAGUACUUUUUACUGAGGUACAGGAGAAAGUGUUCACGAUCGAAAAUACGUGCAAUUAUCCUGUGGAACUUUUCUGGCAUCAUCUCGACAGUCUCUUUCUAGAAGAGGAGCGAAUCGCCGAGGCACUGACUUGUUAUUACGGAGUUAAAGAAAUCCUAUUACCGCCUCGAAAACUUGGAGAGAGAAUGCCGUCGUCUUUAAUGGAAUUCUAUAAUAGCCUCAUGAACGAGAUGGCGUAUGCUUUGUCGGCGGAAGCAAUCGAGAAAAAAAGUGCCACUGUGCCUAAUGACGAUAGCAAAGUUUUAAACAUGGAACGCAAGAAUAGAAUACGAACGAGAAAGAAAUCAUCUAGUACAUCGAGAUUAUUUGCCCAACAAUUCCCGGCCAGACGAAGAUCAAAAAUGAAUCUGCAAAAAGAUUUUAACGUUGACAGACGUAAGCGGAAGAAGUCGGCCGAGUAUUCAGCCACUUCCGCGGAUACUGCAAAAAGAGAUUGCCCAUCCAUGUCAGUUCUUAGCGACCUCGACUUUCCUCGCGAACCUCCGAUGUUACCAACAAACGAUCCCAAAGAACUUCACAAUUUGCUCCUCUGCUACAUAGAGACUCUGCGUAAAGAUCCCAGUUUCCGCGAGAGAACAAGGGAUCCCGUAAAGGAGCUGUUUGAUAGUCACGAAGCGAAAUCGAUUCCGGAUCUGGAUUCUUCGCAACCGGCCGAGAAAAUUUGCAUUAUCUUUCACGGCGCGCCGUUUACAGAAUAUCAAGAAACCGCCUGCAGAAGCGCUAAGACAUUGCAAAUGCCAUUACUGUGCAUAGACAAUGUAAUUAUCGAAGGCAUUGCGCUUGGCGACAAUUCGAUUUCCGACAGGUUGCGACAGAUCGUCGACGAUGCUUAUCAAGAAUAUUUGUUAGCGUUUGAGAAACUACAAAAAGAUAAUUUGGGGACUAAACUGCCGGCGAAGAAAACCGAUGAUGUAGGACACGAACAUGGAACAAAGAAGGAAUCUCCUAAAUUAAGAAAAUCACCAAAAGCAACUAGACCUGAUUUAGAAACCACAGAAAUCGAUGGACACUCGAAGAAUAAUGCUCCGCCUCAGGAGUUAAUGUCUUUAAUUGAGACAGAACUCGCGAAGAUUCCAACAGAACAAGAUUUAACAUUUUUAGAUCGUACAAGUCUUUAUCAAUGUAAAAUCCAGACAAUUUUAUUGUUGCAAAAAGUUUUUCCACGUUAUGCAACAAUUGGACAGAGGAUCGGUGAGAAAAAUCAGGACGACACUUUUCUCGGAAUUGAGACUGACUUAUUAAUUGAAGUUCUGAGAGAAAGGAUGUCAUCACCAGAUUUCAAGAGCGGUUUUGUACUGCAAACUUUAAACAAUAUCUUUUUCAAAAACGAAGUUACUACGCUGCUCACAUUGCUCAAUAUUGUAGGGCACAUAGAAUAUUUAUUGUUUGUAACUUUUCUCAAUUCAAUGGAUACGUAUUCUCGAAAGAUGGAAGAAUUGCGAAAGUUAGAAGCGGAAGAAGUUGCUAAGAAAAUUCAGGAAAUUGAUGAAAUGUCAUUAUCAGAAUAUGAGCUACUUCCAGACGACGAUAAAAAGUUUUAUUUGGAAUCAACUUUACCAAUAAAGAAGCAAGAAGCGCUGCAAAGACGAAAGCAAUUUUUACAACAAAUAACGGAACUGAGAAGAAGAAAAUUUGUUUUUAUGCAACACAUCCCACAGAAAGUUUCUCAGCAAAUACCUAACGCUCAAAUUAUCAAGAAUAAAAAAAUAGAUAAAAAAAUAAAAAUUGAAAAAGCUAGCAGUCGAGAAGAAAAAUCCCAAACUUCUAAAGCAAUCACCGAUAAAACAGAAAUUAAAGAGCAUAAAGAGCCUGAAAGUAAAGAUAAUUCUAAGCGAAAUAAUAUUCGCAAAAAUUCACAAAACAAAGUAGCAAUUAAUUAA